AUGGCCUCCGUGGAGCUGCUUUACAUAGAUAAAGAAAGAGGGCGAGAUGAUCCACUGGAUGUCCCUGAUUGGGCCGCACCUGUUCAAGUUCUUGGAAUAGAUGGUCCAGCUGAAGAAAUGACCCUCAGGGAACAUGACAGCAGUUCACAUGGGAAAGUGGUUGUCACUGAGGGUCACUGUCAUCCAAUACCAAAGAUGACCGUCGGCAAAGGACUUUCAGGCAAGCACUUUUGUCAUGAGAAGGUCAGGGUGUGUUGUGACGAGGAGCUGGAGACCUCUUUCACUUACGUUGAUGAAAAUGUCAAUCUCAGACUGGCUACUCCAGACGCAAGCGAGAAAAGCCUCUAUGAUGGGACACCUUGUCCUGACUCCCCAAACGAGAACCGCCUCGAAUUUUCCUUAAUGUCCGACCUGACAUCUGAGAGCUCAGGAAAGCCAGUAGAUUAUGGAUUUAUCAGUGCUGUCACCUUCCUAGUGACAGGAAUCACAUUAGUGAUCAUAUCUUAUUCUGUCCCUCGUGACUCAGGAGUAAACCCAGACACCGUCUCGGCGCGAGAGAUGGAGAGACUUGAAAGUGAGAGUGCAAGGCUUGGGGCACACCUGGAUCGGUGUGUUAUUGCUGGGCUUUGCCUUCUCACGUUAGGUGGGGUAGUGCUUUCUACUCUGUUGAUGAUUUCAAUGUGGAAAGGGGAGAUGUACAGGAGAAAGGCCUUCUCAUAUUCCAAGCACUCAGCGAAGCUGUACGGCUCGACUAAUUUGAGAACAAAAUCAAGCUCUGCUCACUCAUCAGCACACAAUUUUGUUGAGGAAGAGUCUGGUGGUAAUCUAAGCUAA